UGGAGCUGAAUCUAUAAGUCAUCAAGCAAUCAAAUUCCUUGCCUUUUGACUCUGUGUUACAUUUUUGAUAGAAAAUAUGUAGAUAGUCUUAUUUCAGCUGCAGCCACAGAAUUGUGCUUUCAACCUCAUGCAAUUUUACUGAGUUCCUGAUACAAAAUGAAAACAAUUUUUGGGAUCCCAUAUUAACUUUUGUUGAAUUGAAAUUUUUUUAUAACUGCGGUGUCCGGGCCAGCUUAAUUCCACGACCACCGACAACAGGGUAUUAGUGGGGAAGGAUAGCAUGUAAUUUACUCCUCAAGAGGCAAUAUCAAUUGAUUCAGAAUAUUUAUCCAGCAAAACACAAAUUGACAUGGGUUGUUGCUUCUUUGGUGCCGGGAAAAAGGGUGGUGAUCUUGUUAAUCAUGAUACAAGAGAUACAGGAGGCAACUCCAUUGCGAGGACAAGGACCUUUUCAUUUAGUGAAUUACAAUUAGCAACCAACAACUUCCAACAAACUAAUAAAAUAGGACGAGGCGGUUUUGGCACAGUAUACAAGGGAACUCUAAAAAAUGGAAAAGAAAUCGCUGUGAAGACACUUGCGGCGGAAUCAAGGCAGGGUUUGCGGGAGUUUUUGAAUGAAAUCGAGACAAUAUCAAAUGUCAGACAUCCAAAUCUAGUUGAGAUAGUUGGAUGCUGUGCUGAUGGAAAUAACCGGAUUUUGGUCUACGAAUAUUUAGAAAAUAGGAGCCUUGAUCGAGCACUGUUUGGUUCCAGGACUAGUAUUAACUUAGAAUGGGACAAAAGAGCUACUAUUUGCUUGGGUACUGCUCAAGGUCUUGCAUAUCUACACGAAGAACUAGUGCCACAUAUAGUGCACAGGGACAUAAAAGCUAGUAAUAUUCUGCUUGACAAGGAUUAUACACCAAAAAUUGGAGAUUUUGGGCUUGCCAAACUUUUCCCAGAUAGCAUCACUCAUAUCAGCACAAAGAUAGCAGGAACAACUGGCUAUCUGGCACCUGAAUAUGUAUUAGGAGGACAAUUAACGAUGAAGGCUGAUGUUUACAGUUUUGGGGUCCUAAUACUGGAAACAGUAAGUGGCAGGAGCAGCAGCAGCAGUAUUUGGCAGAGCGAUAAGAUGUCACUUCUUGAAUGGGCCUGGCAGCUCUAUCAAGAUGGAAAGCUAUUGGAGUUGGUGGAUGAAGAAUUAGUUGAUUUCCCGGAAAAAGAAGUCGUCAGGUACAUGAAGGUAGCUCUUUUUUGCACCCAAGCAAAUGCAAACAGAAGACCAAUGAUGAGCCAGGUUAUUGAGAUGCUUUCAAGAAAUAUCCGACUAAAUGAGAAAGAACUUACACCACCUGGUUUCUUCCAAGAUUCUGGAGAAAGCAUGCAAUCAAAAUCGAAGUUGUCUGAAUGCAGUACUAGUCAACAGAGUUCUGUACCCCCCCCAAUCACUCAGUGAUUUUGACCUGGAGUGGAGCUUUGGCUUUCAGCGGCUAUUAGACACAGAUUGACGAGUUGACCUAAACGAGUAAGAACAAUUGUUGGAACGAGAUUGAUCACUGAAGAAAUGCUAGCUCCUUCUUCAACUUCUGGCCUGGCAAACUCCAAUCACUCACUUGUCCUCUUCCUACUAUGGAUGCCCCCGCAGGAUGGAGAAGUACUCAGUCAAACAACUAACACGAAGCAUUUGACAACCGCAAGUUUAUUUUGUACCACACAAAUGCUACGACAUAUUUAUGAUUACAUCAAAAGCGAUUCUUUUCUUUUU